AUAGCCACCUCCUGCUCAUACCCAUCACCUUCCCCAUCCCACACGAGCUAAGCGCACACAGCAACUGCCACAGAUCCACGCCAGGAAGGACUCCAUCGGCGUCUCCGCCUCACCUCUCCGCGGCCCGUAGCAAGCAGAGCAGGGGAUGAAGCGCGUCGUGGGGAGCCCGGGGACAUGGAGCGGCAUGGCGCUGCGGCUGUCGCAGUGCGUCUUCGCCGCCGCCUCCGUCUUCUCGUUGGUCUCCGGCUUCGGCUACUCCAACUACGGCGCCUUCUUCUACUUGAUUCUAGCGUUGAUCCUGCAGCUUAUGUGGAGUUCGCGCCUUGCUUAUAAGGAUAUCUUUGCUCUAAGGAAUAAAAAGGAUCUUCACACCCGAGAUAAUCUAUUGUUCAUUGUUACAGUUGACUGGGUCGUGGCGAUUUUCAUGUUCUCCGGAUCCUGUGCCUCCGCAAGCCUGACAAUUUUAUUCCUGUGGGAUGUGAACUUAUGCAACGCAUAUUCGCGGCUGGCCUGCCGGCAGUUCGCGCUUUCGGUCGUCCAGGCGUUCAUCACAUGGCUGCUGCAAGCUGCAUCUUCUUUCUCGGGGUUCUGGCUACUGAUUUCGUUCUUCUAGUGAUUCACGUGCUCAUCAUAAUUCGCAGCGUAAAGGUUUUCAGGCCCUGCAAAAUCUUAAACCAAUAGAAGGUGUACUAGAUUUAUUUGAAAGCAUAUUGCCAAAAUCCAACAGCUAGCUCUUUCAUGUGUUCAGUUCAUCACCAGUCUAAAAAGUAACACGGAUUUUUAGAGCACAGGCUCCUGGACACCUCCUAUCCUCACCAUCUAAUAUUGCUUUAAGAUUUGUGCUACACAACGAACUUACUACCUGAAAACUUUCUCUUUUUUGUUUCUUCAAAACAAAACAACAAAUGAACUUGAAACUUUCCAGGACAACAAAACAUUCUUAGAACAAUGCGGGAUAAAACUUUCAGAUUUGUUUGUCAAAGAAAAAUAUAGAAAAUGAGAUUUUUUAAUUAAAAAAAUAAUCUUAUUUUUAGUAUUUAUAAUGCGCGAAAAAAUCUGAAAGUUUUUUCCCACAUUCUAGUAAGAAUGUUUUGUUGUGCUGAAAAGUUUGAAGUUCAUAUGUUAAACUAUAUUGAAGAAACAAAAAAGAAAAAAGUACUUGCAUGAAUCACGAUGCAAAAAUGGAUGGCUAGAUAAGGGGGGUGUCCAUGAGCGUAAGCUCCACGGGAUAUUUUCCGUCUAAAAAGGAUUUGUUGGUGAAGUACUACUCGGUCCAGCAAACA